UAUUGCCCUCGUAUUUGUUCGGUUUACUCUUUCGUGACUUUAUUUCCAAGUUAUUUCUCCAAGAUCAGACAAGUUUACAUCUUGAAAGCACUUUGUUUAAUAUAACUUUGAAGUGGAGUCCGAAUGUCUCGAGAGCGGAAUAUCAAGUCAACUAAGAAGUCCGAGAAAAUUGAAUCCGAUCACGAUGAUUAUACCUCGGCGCAGAAGGAAAAAGAUGUCUCUGUUUCGAAGCCUUCAGGGGUUCAGACAUUUGCCAAAAUUUACUACGUUUUGAUGCCUGUUUUAGUUGUUAUCAUUGCCGGCCUUUUAACUUUUGCAGUUACGCGGCAGGAAACUGCGACGAUCGUAAAAGGAACUACUAAAGAGACGGGAACGGGUAAAGGAGGCAAGGCGAAAGAAACUCCAAAGAAAGAAGUUUUGUUAACCGCAGAAGAGCUAGCUAAGCACGAUGGCUCCGAUCCUAACAUUCCAGUAUACUUAGCUAUUCUUGGUCGAAUUUACGAUGUUGACAAAGGAAGGCGACAUUAUGAAGUGGGCAGUGGAUACAAUGUGUUUGCAGGCAGGGACUCGACCCCUUCCUUUGUUACUGGAAAAUUUGCCAGAGAGGAUGCUACAGAUGACGUGAAAGGUUUAUCCCCAGAGGAUAUGAUGGGUGUCAAAGGCUGGUUGGAUUUUUAUAGAAAAGACUACACUUACGUUGGAAAAUUAAUAGGGCGUUACUAUGAUAGUGAAGGAAAGCCAACUGAGGCAUUGCAGGAAGCUAAAGCACUCAUAAAGGAAGGACAGCGUCUGCAAAAACUACAAGACGCUGAAAAUAAACGCUUUCCAGGUUGUAAUUCAAGGUGGAGUAAGGAUGAAGGAUCACUUGUUUGGUGUUCUGAAAACAGGUAUGUUUUUAGGUUUUCUGUAAUACUUGGUUUUCAUAUGCUGCCAAUGUUCCUGCAACAAAGCUGCUCAUCAUCUUGGAUACUGUUCCCAUAUGAGAACAGAAGUCACCGGUGACAGAGGCCAUCCGGAAUACCUGCAGAGUCAAAUUCAGAUCAACUUCACAGCCAUGCCGGCGGUAAAGACCUGCAUCAUUUCUCUUUGUCAGCAGUGGAUGUUCUGUUAUGCAAAACAGCAUCAAAGGUAGUAUUGGUGGCAAUGUUGCAGGUACAUCAGCAGCAUAUUGUUAUAUUCAGUUAUCAACAGAAAUCCCAACUGGACUGUUGUUUAUAUCUUAAUCUAACGCCUUCACUCUGGGACAGGGUAGAGAUUCAAAAGCUUAGUUUUAAAAUUAUCCUUUUAGCUCAUCUUUGUUUGGCAUGUGGGUUUUUUCAUAAAAACUUUCGUUUUGCCAGUUUGAAGUCAACAGCCCUUAAAAUUAGGAAUGUGAAGAAAGGGGACGUAAAGAAUUAUUCUUCUUAUAAUGUUGUUCUCAUUAUGAACAACAAGACAUAAGGAUGUAGAAAAAGUCUUGUUUCUGAAGUAUCUCCCUAGCAAGAAGAGAUUUUCCUGAAAUUCAGCUGAACAUUCUUUUUUUUCUUCCUCACAUAAGCAAAAGGGUGAUUUUUGAAAUACAAGUUUUGUAUAGCUUAUGCACUAAAUCUUAUGCAUUUUUUCCAACACUAUUUUAUUGCAGUGCUGGAAUAAAUAGAGACUGGGUUGGAGUUCCAAGAAGGAUGUUUAAACCAGGAAAGAAGGACCCUAAGUGCGUGUGUGUAAAGGCGACUGGUCCUUCAAGUGAUACAGGAGAGGGUAACGAGGGUGAUUUGAACAAUCCUAACAUGAAGUUAUAUCCAGGCUGUGGCAAAUAUGAUGUAUCUUGUAAACUGUAAGAUCAAAGGAGCAGUAUCAAUAUCAGUAUGUGGAACAUGAUUGCGUCGGUGAGCGUAGUCACAUGAGCGUAGAGAAAAAAAUUGUUGAAAGAUAAGCAAAAGAAAGUCCUACAUGCUUUUGGAAUGAAAAGGCCACACAGGAAAGUUUGUACUUAAUUUAAUAGCUAGAUGCAAUAAUUGAACAACUCAAACUUCUAAUAUGCCCGUGUAAGAAUUAAUUCAUUGACAUUUUUAAUCAAUUCAAGCUG